AUGGAUACCACCAUUGGUUCUCAGCUUGAUUCAUGCAAACCUGCAAACAGCACACUAGGCUGCCCGCCCCAAAAUGGUUCAGCUACAAUCCAAGGCUCCCAUGCUCCUUCAGCUGUCUCCUCAGAUGCCAUCCUAGGACGUCACCUGGCUCACCGGCUUGUCGAAAUAGGGGUUGAAGAUGUUUUUUCUGUGCCUGGUGACUUCAACCUGACACUUCUUGAUCACCUAAUUGCUGAGCCAGGGCUCACCAACAUUGGCUGCUGCAAUGAGCUCAACGCUGGCUAUGCUGCUGAUGGAUACGCCAGGUCUCGUGGGGUGGGUGCAUGUGUUGUCACGUUUACUGUUGGUGGCCUCAGCAUUAUCAACGCGAUUGCUGGUGCUUACAGUGAGAAUCUUCCUGUUAUUUGCAUUCUUGGAGGACCCAAUACCAAUGAUUAUGGAACUAAUAGGAUCCUCCAUCAUACCAUCGGUUUAGCAGAUUUUACCCAAGAGCUAAGGUGCUUCCAGACUGUUACUUGCUAUCAGGCUGUGGUCAAUCACUUGGAAGAUGCGCAUGAAGAGAUUGAUAGAGCUAUUUCUACUGCUUUGAAGGAGAGUAAGCCUGUAUACAUCAGCAUAAGUUGUAAUUUGGCAGCAAUUCCUCAUCCAACUUUCAAUAGAGAGCCGAUUCCAUUUUCUCUAUCACCUAGGGUAAGCAAUAAGAUGGGUCUAGAAGUGGCUGUGGAGACAACUGCUGCCUUUUUGAAUAAGGCAGUGAAGCCAGUCAUGAUAGGAGGGCCAAAACUCCGGGUAGCAAAGGCCUGUGAGGCCUUUGUUGAACUGGCUGAUGCUUGUGGCUAUCCGAUUGCUGUCAUGCCAUCAGCAAAAGGAUUAGUGCCAGAACACCACCCUCAUUUCAUUGGAACUUACUGGGGUAGUGUGGGCACAGCUUUCUGCGCUGAAAUUGUGGAAUCUGCUGAUGCUUACUUAUUUGCUGGACCAAUUUUUAACGACUACAGCUCUGUUGGGUACUCUCUCCUCCUUAAGAAGGAGAAGGCCAUUAUUGUGCAGCCUGAUCGUGUAGUUAUUGCUAAUGGACCGGCUUUUGGGUGUGUCCUAAUGAAGGACUUUCUCCAAGCACUUGCAAAAAAGCUUAACCGCAACACAACAGCUUAUGAAAACUACCAGCGUAUAUUCAUUCCAGACGGUGUUCCUCUCAAAUGUGACCCUCGAGAACCUCUGAGGGUCAAUAUCCUCUUUAAUCAUAUACAAAAGAUGCUUUCAAGUAACACAGCUGUGAUUGCUGAGACAGGGGAUUCUUGGUUUAACUGCCAAAAGCUGAAACUAACAGAAGGAUGUGGGUACCAAUUUCAGAUGCAGUACGGUUCAAUUGGAUGGUCUGUUGGAGCAACUCUUGGAUAUGCACAGUCCGUACCAGACAAGCGUGUGAUAGCUUGCAUUGGCGAUGGAAGCUUCCAGAUGACUGCACAAGAUAUAUCAACAAUGAUACGAUGCGGACAAAAGAAUAUCAUAUUCCUAAUUAACAAUGGUGGCUACACCAUUGAAGUUGAGAUCCAUGAUGGGCCUUAUAAUGUUAUCAAGAAUUGGAACUACACUGGAUUAGUUGAUUCAAUUCACAAUGGUGAAGGAAACUGCUGGACAAAAAAGGUUCGCUGUGAAGAGGAGCUCAUUGAAGCGAUUGAAAUAGCCACAGGUGAGAAGAAAGAUUGCUUGUGCUUCAUAGAAGUCAUUGUUCACAAGGAUGACACGAGCAAGGAGCUGCUUGAGUGGGGAUCCAGGGUCUCAGCAGCUAAUAGCCGCCCGCCAAAUCCUCAAUAGAGAAACUGAUCAGGAUUUUUUAUGAAGAGCGCGUUGCAGAGUUCCAAAUUUAUUAUAUUUAAAGUUUUGUUAGUUGUCAAGAAACUAUAUCUUAAUAAGUGGAUUGCAAGAAUGUUCGAAGAGGGAUUUUUGGAUGUGCUAUCCGUUUUCUUCUGAUAUU